GGAGGCGGGACCAAAGAGCUGGGGGCUAGAGGCCACGGGGCUUAAAGGCAGCCUGGAGUGAGGCUGCUCAGCUGGAGGAAAGAGACAGCUUCCGAGCCACAGGCAGAAGCCCCACAGAGAUGGAGCAGAAGGAAGGGAAGCCCUCUGAGGAUGGGACCAUCGUCUCCCCAGGUGCAGACAACCCUGAGAUGUCAGGAGGCAGAGACCCGGCAGAGGAGACGAAAGGCGCAGCUGGAAAGGUCAUCCAUGAGGGGCCUCCCGCCGAGGCAGGAAAGCAGGAAAAGGCACCAGCCGAGGACGACACAUCAGCGGAACUCCAGGGGGAAGCGAAUGGAUUAGAUGAGGUCAAGGUGGAAUCUCGGAGGGAGGCUGGUGGGAAAGAGGACGCUAAGGCUGAACUUAAAAAGGAGGAUGGUGAGAAGGAACAGGCCACCACAACUUCUCAGAAGAUGACUGGCAGGAAAGAAGAGACCAAAUCUGAACCCAAGGAGGCUGAGGAAAAGGAGGAGAGCACGCUGGCCUCCUCCGAGAAGCAGAAGGCUGAGGAGAAAGAGGCCAGGCCGGAAUCUAAGGAGAAAGCCGAUGCCAACGACAGAGACAAGCCUGAACCUAAGGCGACUGUUGGGGAGGAGGAGGCCAAGACAGCCUCUCAGGAGGAGAGAGGCCAGAGGGAGGAGCGCAGCACUGAACCUCUGCAGACAAAGGAGGAGGCUGCAGACAAAGAGGCCAGGGCGGAACCACAGAAGGCGGCCGUGGCGGAGGAUGAGGCUAAGCCUGGACCCAAGGAGCCCAGUGGGAAAGAGGAAGCCAAACAUGAUGCAAAAGAGGAGGCUGAUGCAAAGGCGGAGGCUGAUGCAAAAGAGGAGGCUGAUGCAAAAGAGGAGGCUGAUGCAAAGGCGGAGGCUGAUGCAAAAGAGGAGGCGGAGGAGGCCGAGCCAGGCAGUCCCAGCGAAGAGCAGGAGCAGGAUGUGGAAACAGGGCCCGAGGAAGGGGCAGGGGUGACUCCCAGCUCCCCCGAGGAGUGGCCUGAGAGCCCCACGGGGGAGGGGCAUGCCCUCAGCACAGAUGUGUUGGGUCCAGACUCCGUAGCUUCUGGAAAGACCAGUCCUUCAGCCAGUGAGUCUUCACCCAGCGAUGCACCCCAGAGUCCCCCUGAGUCCCCUCCGUCAGGGGAGAAGAAGGCCCCAGAGCGCAGGGUAUCAGCCCCUGCUCGGCCCCGGGGGCUACGGGCACAGAACCGCAAAGCCAUAGUGGACAAGUUUGGCGGGGCAGCGUCUGGCCCCACAGCCCUGUUCCGGAACACUAAGGCAGCUGGGGCAGCCAUCGGUGGUGUCAAGAACAUGCUCUUGGAGUGGUGCCGAGCCAUGACAAGAAAAUACGAGCACGUGGACAUCCAGAACUUCUCCUCCAGCUGGAGCAGCGGCAUGGCCUUCUGUGCCCUCAUCCACAAGUUCUUCCCUGAUGCCUUUGACUAUGCAGAGCUGGACCCCACGAAGCGCCGGCACAACUUCACCCUGGCCUUCUCCACGGCAGAGAAACUGGCUGACUGUGCUCAGCUGUUGGACGUGGAUGACAUGGUGCGGUUGGCCGUGCCCGACUCCAAGUGUGUCUACACCUACAUCCAGGAACUGUACCGCAGCCUCGUGCAGAAAGGACUGGUGAAGACCAAGAAGAAAUGAGGAGGUGGCUGGCUCUGUGGGCAGAGAUGGGCAGCGCGCCUAGCUCACCUGCCGUGGCCUGGAGCCUCCCUUCUGCUCCAGGGAGGUACCAGAGCCAGGGGCUCAGGCAAGGACGUGUGAUGCUGAUUUUAACUGCAUUAAAAGUGCUUUUGUAAAACCCUGUCUGGCCCCUCAGUGCUCUCUCCAUACUUGGCCCAGGAACCUCUGCACUCUGGGAUAAUCAACUCUUGCCAUAGGGGUUUCCUUACCUGCUGAGAUCUCAGCGACUGUGCAAGGUGUUUGGGAAAGGACAAUGGCCUGGGUCCCACCACUAACAAGUUGUGUGACACUGGGACAUACAGCUAACCUCUCUGGGCCUCAGUUAACAGUCUGAAAGGGAAUAAUGAGAGUUCCAACCUUAUGAAGGUGUUGCAAGAGUUAAAUGAGAUGAUGAAAUGGGCAAAAACCUUUGCCCAGUCCUGCCACUCAAGUGGUCAAUAAUCGGUCGCCAAAAAUAAAAAACAAACUUACAUUUUGA